GAUUCCGGUGAAAGUCUAGGGGUUUGCGAUUCUUCCACACCUGCAGCUUCUACUAUCGCCACUGAAGGUGGCUCAAAUGAGGAUUCAACCAACUCUACGUCCACGUCUAGAGACACGAAUCAAAAGGAGGGUGAGAAUGAGAAAACCGUGAAUUAUGUGACUGCUAAAGCUGUUCGCGAGCAGUUAGUCCAGAACACCGCAUGUCAUCUUCAAAGGACUUUUGGGUCGGAUCCGGAGGAUCCCAGUGCUACAGUGUUGAAGGAGUCCUGGGAAUUAAAAGCGCAGCGCAUUAAGGAGGCUUCACCGUGGGGUCACCUUCCAGGCUGGCAAUUGGCGGCAGUGAUUGUUAAGGUUGGAGACGAUUUGAGACAGGAGCAACUGGCUUAUCAAUUGCUGAGCUACUUGAAGGAAAUUUGGGCAAACCACAGCAUUGCCCUUUGGCUACGUCCCUUGAAAAUUGUCGUCACCUCACCCGACAGUGGUCUCAUUGAGGUGGUCAAAGAUACUGUCUCCUUACACCAAAUUCGACGCCAUGCUCGCCUCUCGCUGCGGGACUACAUCAUUCGCGAGCACGGUCAUCCCAACUCAGAGGGCUUCCUUUCGGCUCAGCGAAAUUUUGUAGAAAGCUGUGCUGCCUACUCUCUUGUAGGAUACCUCCUUCAAGUGAAGGAUCGACACAAUGGCAACAUCCUGAUCGACAAAGAGGGCCACGUGGUGCACAUUGACUAUGGUUUCAUUUUAUCAGCAUCACCAGGUCGUAAUUUGGGCUUCGAGUCGAGCCCCUUCAAGCUGACUGCUGAACAGGUGGAAGUGAUGGGGGGAGUGGACGGCGACAUGUUCAACUACUUCAAGUGGCUCAUUGUGCAAGGCCUCCUGACAGCGCGGAAGCACAGAGAUGAGAUCUUCGAUGUUGGACGGAGUGGUGCUCUUCAACAACGCUUCAUGCUUAAUUCAACAGAUGACCAAGUGGCUCUCAGUGUCGACCACUUGAUUAGCCAAUCCUUGAACUCUUUAAGCACUCGACUAUACGACAAUUACCAGUAUUAUGUUAAUGGAAUUCAUUAG